AAAGAGAGAUUUCCGCUUCCGUUAGGGACCGGAAGUUAGCGUCUCCUGGGUGAAGCGGCCUUGACUGAGAAGCAGGACUGGUACAAAGUAAGUGUUAGGGUCUCGCGGGCGAGCGUUGGGCUAGGCGGGACAGGCGCUCUUCUCUAGAUCAGUGUGUGGAGGCUUGGCCGAGGCAUGGCUCUGAGGACGGCCGCGUGGGGAACCUGACCCCUGGACCCCUGCAGCUGGGCGAGCGGGCGGCGCCACCGAAGCCUGGGUGAGGCGGACGCCGUCCCUCCUCCGCCGAGACCCCUUCCCGCCGUCCCAGUCGCCCGGGGACACCAUGGCUCGUUCGUAGGCUUCGGUUUGCCGGUGGGAUUCUGGGGCCACACUGAGACAGAUUCAGGAAAACUCACUGAUUCGUUCAACAAGUAGUUACUAAGUGCAUAAGGUUUUAUCCCCUCUGUAGUUAUGGGCCGAAGGAAGUCCAAACGGAAGCCGCCCCCCAAGAAGAAGAUGACAGGCACCCUAGAGACCCAGUUCACUUGCCCUUUCUGUAACCACGAGAAGUCCUGUGAUGUGAAGAUGGACCGUGCUCGAAACACUGGAGUCAUCUCCUGUACCGUGUGCCUAGAGGAGUUUCAGACCCCCAUCACGUACCUGUCGGAACCGGUGGAUGUGUACAGCGACUGGAUAGACGCCUGUGAGGCAGCCAAUCAGUAGCAGUGUCAAGGACCUGCUCCUCUGCAGCCCCCGAUCUGGCUGCCAAUCCAGAGACAUUCCAGGGCUCCAGGGUGUAGGUCCAGGGCUGACAGCCCUCCCUCUGUGUGUAUGGAGUGGGUGUGAGUGAGUAGAUGUGCAUGGCUGCAGAUGUGACGGAGGUGAGCGACGCUGAGCCUCACCAAGCAGCCCAGGGUGGCCUCACAGAACCCUACACUUCAGAUGACUGAAAGCCUUGGAGUUGCUCCCACCCUGCCCCAAGCUUCAGGUUCCUGUCUUCUCUGGUGACGGUUCCUGACAUCCCAGGCAAGGAAUAGCUGUGGAACCUCCAGUCUCCUCAGCUACCUCACCAGCACCUUGCCCUUGGGGACCUGGAUUUUCUGUCCUUCCCAGCCUCCUAGUGCUUGUGGUCUGGGAGUCGAGGCUAAUGACCACCCAGGUGCCUUGGCUGGGCUUUGCUGGGGAGCACCAUUUUUUUCUGCUGUUGUAGAAAAGGUAGGGGCUAGUUGGGGUACAGCUGUCACUCAUGAGCCUGUCAAUAAAGCAGCCAGUGUGUAUC